GACACAGCUGGGCAGGAACGGUACCGGACCAUCACCACAGCCUAUUACCGUGGGGCCAUGGGCUUCAUUCUGAUGUAUGACAUCACCAAUGAGGAGUCCUUUAAUGCUGUCCAAGAUUGGGCUACUCAGAUCAAGACCUACUCCUGGGAUAAUGCACAGGUUAUCCUGGUGGGGAACAAGUGUGACAUGGAGGAAGAGAGGGUUGUUCCCACUGAGAAGGGCCAGCUCCUUGCAGAGCAGCUUG